AUGCCUUCGGCCGACCGAAAUUCAGAUGGACUAUCCCAGCUAUUUUCUGGGGUUCAUUUCUUUAUUGCUCAGGGUUUGCCAACUGCUAUGAUCGACCACCUGCGCGAGCUCUUAGUCGAACGUGGCGGGCUUGAGGUCGAGCAUACAAACACUGCUACGCAUGUUAUAUCUUCUUCCGAUUGCUUCAUUGGAGUCGAUGACGCGAAAGAGGCUAUUAUAGUAACACCUACUUGGGUGGAACGUAGCGUGAUUCUGGACAAAUUACAAGAUCCACGAUAUUUCUCUGCCGACCCCCACAAGAUAUUUUCUGGUGUUGUGGCUACCUCAUCGGACAUCCCUCUGAAAGAUAGCGAGUCUAUUGCGGCAGGAAUUGUCGCUUUUGGAGGUCAAUGGAAAGAAGCGUUGACCAACGAUGUUACUCAUUUAUUUUGUUUGAGCGAAAGUGGGCCUAAGUACGCGAAGGCGCUAAACACCCAGGGCCACCCCCUGCAGAUUCAAGUAGUUGUCACACAUUGGUUCUCUGACUGCUUCAAGAGCGAAACUCUCCUUUCCACCAAGAACUACUUGUUCCCCAAUCCUCCCAUACUCAACCCAGACUUUAAUGAGAAUAUGGUUGUGGAGGGCGUCCCAGAGAAUACAACAGACGAUUCCAAGGCAGUGACUCAGCGUGGCCUUUUGCGCGCCGCCAUCGGUACUGAUCUCGAACCUAAUUCGAACUCGAGUACUCAACCAUCUAACAGCAAGAGCCCGUUUAGCAACCGAGUGCUUGGUGGUAAACGUGUUGUUUUUUCUGCACGUGCGGUGCAGAGCGAUCCCAAUCGAGAUCACGUUUAUCGGCGCCGGGUUGAACAAGUUGGAGGCACUUAUAUAUCAGGACUCAGCCUGGGAGGAGACGGAGUGUCUGAGGAGACAUUAAAGGGCGCCGACAUAUUUAUUACGUCUUAUCGAGGCAACCACGAAUACGAUCUUGCCGCUACAUUCAGCAAUCUCAUUAUAGGCACACCCGCCUGGAUCCUCUAUGUCACCAACACAGGGUUAUGGUCGGCACCGAGAGAGCAUCUUUUGCAUUAUCCCUAUCCCGAACAUCCAGUUCCCGGAUUUGAAGACCAGGAUAUUACUAUCACAAACUACAUUGGGAUGCUCGCGAAUAUCUAA